AUGACGCCGGAGGGUUAUACGCGAGUGUACGUUGGCGGUCUGACUGAAACGAUUAAGAAGGAAGAUUUACAAACAGAGUUUGAAAAAUUUGGGAAGCUAAAUAAGGUAUGGGUUGCGUUUAACCCGCCAGGUUUUGCAUUUAUUGAAUUUUUGCGGGUCGACGAAGCUGAAUUGGCUUGCAGUAGCAUGAAUGGAACCGAAAUAUUGGGAACAAAGUUGAGAGUUGAAAUUUCCCGUGGUCCCGGUCGAAGUAGAAAUAGAGGUGGCGGCGGUGGCGGCGGGGGUGGCUUCAGAGGCCAAUCUGGCGGCGGCAGAGGCGGUUUCGGCGGGUCACGUAGAUCUUACGGCGGUGGUGGUGCCGGUGGUGGUUAUCACCGUGAUAACAACUCUUACGGUAAUCAAGGCGGCAAUAGUAAUAGCUAUCACUCAGGCAGGGCGGGUGGUGGUGGUCCGAAAUACAGCAGUAGAGGCAGAUACGGAGGUGACAACAAUUACUCCGGAGGAAGAAACAAUUCCGGUUACAUGGCCGGUGGUAAUUCUUACUCACAAGGAUACAACAAUUCGUCUGGCAACGGAGAUGCUUCUGUUGACUAUUAUAAUAGAAGAAAUAAGGAUUCCUCAGGAGCUUCCUCUAGAUACCGCAAUCGGUCACCGGCUGGACGCGGCAGUACUUUAAACUGUCUUCUUAAUCUUCGAAUAGCAAAAUAUGGCUACUGA